AUGAUUUUCACUCAACAAGCGUUGAUGGACAUCUACUGUAAGACAGUCAAGAAGAAAGUUAAUUGUACUAUGCCUGCCAGCUUGUCAACCGACGAUAGCUUCUAUGCAGGUUAUCUUGGAUUAACCUUUGCAUUGGUCUGUCUUGUCAUUCACAUCAUAUUGACAUUCAUAUAUACAAGAUCUCAAAAGAACUAUAUCACUUGCUUCAUAUCCGGUGCUUAUCUACCAAUCACAUUGGGAGCAAUAUUCAAAGUCAUUCACAUCCUCAUGUCCAUAUCCUACCCCGGGGAGCAUAGAAUUGGGAUCGGCUUUGAUAUCGUCAGUCAUGGUUAUACAGUGUCUGUGACUGCCGGAGUUUUCAGUGUUUUCAUUGGCGCUAUUGUCCUUCUCUUCAUAACGGUGUUCUCAACGUGCAGUAAAACUGAUUACCCAACCUCUGAUGCAUAUUCCAUUUUCUACGCUCUCCAAAUGUUCGGCUGGCUGAUGUCUUGCAUCAUCCACUUCUGUUAUUUCGAUUAUAGACCUUUGCCUCUAUUCACAGCCUGCUUCGUCAUUGGGAUUGCCUUCGUCGUCUUCAUUGUUGCACUCUUUUGCGGUCUUGUCUCUCUCUGUACAUCAGGCAAAAAAUCGAAAAAAGAAGGUGAAGAACCAGCAUUAGCUUCAUCCAAAGAUGUGCUCCUUGUCCUACUUUACACGAUUUUGGUUAUUGUGCCAGCUGGAUUCUUCUUUUAUUCUUUUGAACAAGAGUUCGAGCUAAUCUCUGGCUAUGAGUAUGAUGAUGACAAAGCUGUUCAAAUUUACUUCACAUUCCGCCUGAUGGAAUACUUUUCCGGUCCACUCAUCACUAUCGUUGUCCUACUACUUCCUCCCGUUUCUAGUGGCUUCAGUGCUCUCAAGAACGGUCUAUCGGGAAAAGGAAAGAAAGAAGGGCGAGUUCCCCUUAUAAGUAAAACACAGGUUCAACCGAUAGUCAUGGCCACCGAAAUGCCAGAAAAAGUCCCAAUAGUUACCGAACCAAAUUCAACAACAGCUCUCGCUCAGGAGCCGCUAGCGCUAGUGACUCACGCUCAAGAGAAUCGAAUCAUCGAACCAAUAGUUAUACCUGGAGCUGUUCCUGGACAUGAAAUUGGCUCUUACAUACCGAUUCCACCAAAUUGUACAGCAACCAUUGUAUAUGCAGCUCCCGUGACUGUUGUUCAAUCAUAA